UCCCUCUCUUAAUUUACUUGUCACGUUUACGUUCUCUCAUCUCCCCUUUCUUUAAAACUCUCUCAGAUCUGCCAAACUCUGCGACAACAAUGGCUUCCACGGCACCUCCCACCCUCCCAAUCUCCAUCCCCUCCGCCGCCGCCCCUUCCUCCCUCGAAUCCCAACAACCCCCAAUCGCAACCCCCGCCUUCCGCGCAUUCAUCAACCGCAUCUCCGAAACCGUCGCGAACGGCCUCUCCCAGCGCCGUCCCUGGGCCGAGCUCGCCGACCGCUCCGCCCUAUCCAAACCCGAGUCGAUCUCCGAGGCCGCCGUCCGCAUCCGCAAGAACUACUCCUACUUCAAGGUCAACUACCUCGCCGUCGCGACGGCGAUCGUCGGGUUCUCCCUCGUGACGCACCCCUUCUCCCUCGCCUUCCUCCUCUGCCUCCUCGCCUCGUGGCUCUUCCUCUACCUCUUCCGCCCCUCCGAUCAGCCGGUUGUUAUCCUCGGGCGUACCUUCUCCGAUCGCGAGACGCUCGGGUGUUUGAUCUUGUUCAGCAUAUUCGUGGUUUUCCUCACGGAUGUUGGAUCUGUUCUCGUUUCGGCUGUGAUGGUUGGCGUGGCGUUGAUCUGUGCUCAUGGUGCGUUUAGGGCUCCGGAGGAUCUUUUCUUGGAUGAGCAGGAGCCGGCUGCUACUGGAUUCCUCUCGUUCCUCGGCGGCGCUGCGUCAUCCGCCGCGCCUGCUGUUAUUGCCGCUCGCGGGUGAUUGACAAUGCGUAUCGUGAUGGGCUCAGAUCUACCACCGUCUGGGUAUAAUCUUUUUUGUUUUGUUUUACUUUUUGGAAAGAUCUUCUCCAUAUGAUUCGUUUGUUCAAUCGAUACUUUAGGGUUUAUAAAUCUAAAAAAAAAAAUAAACUUGAAAAGUUGUGAGAUCUGCAUUAAUGUUUUUGUUCUCUUGUUGGCAUUAUAUAAAUAUGUUUUACUUCUUCC